CAAAGGAAUCAUAUGCAUCAAAGGAAGUCCCGAGCGCCCCUUCCCCUUCCCCUUCCCCUUCCCUUCCCGAGGCCCGAGCGCCCCUUCCCCUCUCGAGCGCCGCACCCCUUCCCUUCCCCGGCCUCGCCGCCGCCUGAGAGGGUCGCCGGAAGUCCGGCGGCCACAAGGACGGCGGCGGCGAGGAGCUCCACAGCUUUUCCCCAGUUUUCGCCUUCGUCUAGAUUUGGUUCGAGCUGUCAUGGGUGGUGACGGCGGCGGCGGCGCGGGCGUCUACGGCAGCGGCAGCGCAGGCAUCUACAGCGGCGGCGACGCCGGUGUGGUUCCCGCGGUGGGGGCUAGGCGGCAUACGAUGCGGUUCCCACGGUGGUGGUCCGGCGGUUGGCGUCCUGCGUCGUGGCUGCCCGUGCGGGGGUGGCGCGGGUCGUCUUGAUCCGGUGGUGGGGAGCGGAGUUCGCCCCUGCGUGUCGCCGGCGAGAGUGGCGGCGGCCCGUGGCUCCUGCGGCUCUCGUCGCAAGCAAAGUCGCUUUCCUUGGCUGAGCUCAAGGUUGAUGAUAUCUGCUUCGCUCCAGUAGCCGCCGCCAUGGGGCUUGCCUCCGGUUUCCGCCUCCUGUCGGGGUCCUUGCUUGGCGCUCGCCAUGGUAUUCUUUUGGUGUGUAGGUUCUCGGGCGAAAAUCUAGCUUGUGCCGGUGAUGAUGGUGCCAUGGGUAUCAUUUUUCUUGUUGAAGACAUUACCGUGAGAACCAUAGUCUGAAGGAACAGAUUCAGGUGAAAGCUAAAGAACCGAUUAAGUGGUUCGGAUGGCGGCAGCAUUUUUAUGGUGCUCCUCUUGAGGCGUCGUCUUGGAGUUCUUGAUGGCGACACCAUAUGCAACACAAAGGCACAGGACCACCGACGAUUUUUACAUCAAAUAUUUCUAAGAAGACAAUUAAUGUGAAAUUUAUAUUACAACAUGAGGACCAAGCAGUUGAAAGAAGGACGUAGAAGAUGAUCGCUCGUUUAUUUGUUCCUUUCUUGUCUUUUGUGUUUCUCAGUUGGAGAUUUGGGGUGUAAGUACUCGUGUAAGUUUCUGGCUCUAUGGCCAAAUUUGUUCUCUUUUAGUGGUAGACAUUCAUUUGUGCAUGUUCAAGACCGGAAUUUUUCGAAAAUCUAACAAAAAAAGACCUUACCUGCAUAUCUAUCAUAUCAUAUGCAUUGCCAGCGGUGCUCCACAUCGGUGAAGCCCAAGCCACACUACAUCCGCAGUCCUCGUCGCUGCGUACUAGCUGGCAAUGUUUACCCACCAACUCAAAGUGCAAACAACUCUGGCUUUUUAAAGGAUUAAUUAUUCAGACACCUUUUUCGUCAGUCCGGCGAAAAGCAAGGGAUGGAGGCGCACUGCACUGCUGUGCUGAUAUAAUAUACCCCCUGCUGCGUGCGUUCGUUCAUCAAUCCGAGCAGCUAACGCGGGCUCUUCCUAGCCGCGAGAGAGAGGGAGGGACGGAGGGAAGUCCAAUCCCCAGCUCCGCUGCUGGUCUGCGGGAGCUCCAGCAGCACGACCGGCAACAGCCUCUCAGCAGGCCACGUUUUCCGUCCGUCUUUUGCAUCAAGAUGGGCCUAGGAUUUCUACUUUGUUGCUUGAGAGGGUCUCGGAAGACGAUGACUACUUCAUCUCAAGAUCUGGCAGUCAGCUCAUCGACAAGGCAUCACCGCAGCCAGCCUCAUUCAUCCCAGAUCAGCUCCGCGGAAGCACUGCCUGCCCUAACCAGCAGCAGCUCUGACCCCAAGCAGAGUCAUGAGCCACAGGGACAAGAACAGGAGGCAACUGAACCACCUGCUGAACCAAUAAACUGCCCCUCCUCCAUGCGCCGCUUUUCCUUUCCCGAGCUCCAAGAGGCCACCGACAGUUUCAACGAGGGCCGAAAAAGAGGAUCCGGAGGAUUUGGGAAGGUCUUCGAGGGCCAACUGAAUGAUGGAACCAAGAUUGCGGUGAAGAGGAGGGACCCGGAGUCUGAACAAGGCCGUAAGGAGUUCGUCACAGAGAUUCAGCUCUGUUCAGGCCUGCGUCACCCCAAUGUGUUGCCCCUCCUUGGCUUCUGUGACCAAGGGAACGAGAUGGUUUUGGUUUACGAGUACAUGGGGCAAGGCACACUGGCGAGCCGUCUCUAUGGCUCCCGUAGAGACGACCCCUGUCUCGGAUGGGAGCAACGGCUGAAGAUCCUUAUUGGUGCGGGAAGAGGCCUAAAUUACUUUCAUACUUGUACCGAGAGAGGAAUCAUCCACCGUGAUGUGAAGGGACCAAACAUACUGCUCGACGAUAAUCUCGUCGCAAAGAUCGCUGACUAUGGGCUCUCAAAGGUUGGGCCUGAGUUGGAUCGAACUCAUGUCACCACUGACGCCAAGGGCACUCGUGGGUACAUGGAUCCUGAAUAUUGCUACAACAGCAAGCAUGUGACCCCGCAGUCAGACGUCUACGCUUUCGGUGUUGUUUGUUUGGAGGCACUCUGUGCCAGGAAGGCGAUCGACGAGCGACUUCCAUGGCAGGAAGUGGGUCUGGCUCCAUUGGCAGAGCGAAAACUCGAGGAGGAAGGACACCUACGAGGCAUCGCUGACCAGAGGAUCUCCGACACCAUCGGGCCAAAUUCCCUGAACAAGUUCGCCAAGAUAGUGAAGAGAUGCCUGGCGGAGAAACGCAAGAACAGGCCAUCGAUGGAGCACGUCAUCGCACAACUGACGAUCGCUUUGCAGCUCCAAACGGGCCGCGUGUUUGGCGACGGCGACGGCGACUCGUCGGGCUCUUGCUCCCCGCCCUGCCCAUCCGAUUCUAACGACGAGCGCUCCGAUUCCUCGGACGAGCGUCGCGCCAACAGGCCUGGGUUACUGUGGUCUGUGCUUCCCGUGCUAGAUGCAUGGAGCCCCUCCUAAGCCUCUUCUAUGAAUUUGUAGCCAUUAAAGUUUGAAAGGAAUAGCUAUAGGUAGAAGAUGAAGUGAAUAAGCCCCUCCUAAUAAUUUUUCUAGAUCCGCCACUGCCUGUGGAGGGCAAGGCGGCCUGCUCCUCUGCCAUGGAGGCUGUCAGAAGAAGAUGCCGUGGAUAGCUAGCCUCUGGGUGAACACAAAUGCCCCGCAGAUGCCGUCUAAAAUUAACCGUUGUUAGGCACCCAUUGUCAUGUACUAGUAAGCUCCAUCGGAGGUCCAUUUCCAUAUAAUCUCAUCUUUAUUGGGCCUCAGCUUUUUUUGAGACUCGCUUGUAAGCUAAGCAGGUUUAUCUGAUAA